AACGGUUAGUUCAAAUUUCGAUGUACCAUCCUAAUAUAUUUCCGCAGUCUAUACUUCCAUGUUUACUGAUGAGUUUGCAGUUUAGCCGCUAGAGGGUGUAGAAGAGAAUGAUGUAAAGAAACAGAAAAGAUAGGAAGAUUAGGGCGCACUUUUGAAACGUGGUCAGACGUACGUGGUUGAAUUGUUGAGUUCUUGGAUUAUUAUCUGAAAAAUUAAGAUAUUUAACGAUUCAAUAACAGCGAGUUGGAAAUUAGAUGUUGGAAGGAGAAUAAGAAAAUUGAGGUUACGGAAUUUCUUUUAGCAAAAGUUACACACAAUCAAAUAGUGUUCUACGCUCAAAAGAUCCGAUCGAAGUUCUCUUUCAACAAUCUAAAAGAAAUUCCAAAGAUAUGGAAGGUAAACAACCGGACGUAAACAAGGGUAGUUGCGCAGCUUGUAAGGCGCCAGAUACCGAUGAAAUGGUGCAAUGUGACCACUGUGACACCUGGUGGCACUUUGGAUGCGUGGGAGUUGGCGACAGCAUCAGCGAACGCAGCUUCACUUGUCCGGCGUGCCAAAAAGCCACGGCCAUAGUAUCAAGAACGGAUAGUGGUAAUACUAAGGCAGAAACUAUAAUACCCACAAGUGCUGUUGCCAGAAGUACAUCAGCUUCUUCCCGGACUGGAUCUCGGUUAGUCCUGCAACGACUCGAGGCGGAGAAAACAUUGCGUGAAAAGGAGCUGCAAUUCGAACGUCGAGAUGAGGCAAGGAAACGCGAGCAAGAGCGGAUACAAAAGGAUGCAGAGUACGAAAGACGACAAAUGCAAAUUGAGGUAGAGUUCCUGAGGCAGAAAAUUAAAGCGCUAGAAGUAGAGGACGAUGCUGUAAGUGUUGCCAGAAGCCGUAAGUCUGUGCAUAGCGGAAUCAAGAAAGUGGAAGAAUGGCGUAAGGGGCUACCACUUUUGGUUGCUCAAUCGACAAUGCAAGAACCGAGACGUCCGGAGUUAAUUGAUUUCCCGGGGAAGCUAGCCCACCAAGCACAUAAUGAUAUAUCUGAAAUUUCGAAGGUUGUCCGGAGCAGAGUACCCACACAGAGUGUUAAUACCCGAUUGGAACACAAAAAUUCCCACCUGAUUGACUUUGGCCAAGCGACGAAUUCGGUUACCAAUUUAUCCGGUCUGUCAAGAGAAGUUUGGCCGAAUGUUAGCACGAUCCUGAAUGACGUCGGUGUAGAUAACAGAGGUGAACAACAUCGAUUCGGUUGUGAUGUGGUGGCUAAACGUGAUCAUGGACCUACAACGAGUCCAACGCAGCGUCAGUUGAUUUCACGACAGCUUAUGUCGAGCGAUUUGCCAGUUUUUUACGGAAAUCCUGAAGAUUGGCCCGUCUUUAUAACUACAUUCCGUACGACAUCCGAAGCAUGUGGAUACAAUGAAACGGAGAAUCUCGUGAGACUGCAACGAGCGCUCAAAGGUGCCGCAUAUGAAGCUGUGCGCAGUCGGCUUAUGAUGCCAGAAGCGGUCCCACUUAUUAUCGAACAAUUGGACACUCUUUAUGGGAGACCAGAACUAUUAGUUCAAACGUUGUUGCAAAAGGUUAGGCAAGUACCGGCCCCCAAGGCGGAUAAGUUGGAAACCUUGGUGACCUUCGGCCUAGAAGUGCAAAAUCUUAGUUACCACCUGAUUGCCGCGAACCAACAGGCACAUCUCAACAAUCCGACACUGUUGUUUGAGUUAGUGGAUAAAUUGCCCACACAUCUUCAGUUAGAUUGGGGGCUACAUAUGGAGAAUAUUGAGACGGUGGACCUACAAUCUUUCUCAGCGUAUAUGGGGGUACUGGUAAGGGCAGCUUCCCGUGUUACGAGGAACCUUGAAAGUUUGCACCCGAAAAUAUCAAAUAAACUCGGACGAGGCGAGAAAGGAAAAGAGAAAAAUUUCUGCGGUGCCCAUGCUGAAAAGGAUCUAGAUUCCGAAGGGGAAGGGCCAGAUGGUUGGGAACAAGCUCCACAAGCUGUUAUGGCUCACACAUCUAACGAUAUUUCGGCGGACGGAGCAACGAUGGUGGACGUUCCACACGCUGGAAGAGUGUUCAGCCCAGCUUGCUUCAUUUGUCAAAAUUUGACUCAUCGAGUCAAAAGCUGUCCAGAGUUUGGAAGAAUGAGCAUUGCAGAUAGAUGGAGGAAGGCACGUGAUUUGAAUAUUUGUCGCAGUUGUCUAAGUUGCCAUGGAAGACGACCUUGCAAGUCUGCUAAGCAGUGUGGGAUUGGUGGGUGCCAAAAGAAACACCAUCCAUUGCUACAUGAAAACCGGGAUGCCAACGUGGAACCUGAAGCAACAGGUGCUGUCAACAAUCACCAUCACGCAGAACCUUCCACACUGUACCGGAUUCUGCCUGUAACAUUGCACGGGAAUGGACGGACAGUGCAAGUGUUUGCCUUUAUGGAUGAAGGUUCAUCGCUGACUUUAGUCGAAGAAGAAGUCAUUGAUCAGCUGCAGAUUAAAGGAGAAGCAGUGCCGCUAUGCUUGCAAUGGACGGCGAACGUAGAGCGAAACGAAAGGAAUUCAAAGCGGAUCUCGUUGGAAAUAAGUGGUCAGGUUAACCCUGGACAACUAUUUAAAUUGAAGGAUGUUCGCACUGUAAGUUCUUUAAACCUUCCUAAACAAACAAUUCAAGGCGCAAAGUUGGCUCAAAAGUAUCCUCAUCUACAAGGGUUACCGAUUCAGAGCUAUGAGAAUGCGAUUCCAAAAAUUCUAAUUGGUAACGACAAUCUUCACGUCGGAGCAACACAGAGAAUAAGGGAAGGAGCUAUCGGGGAGCCGGUAGGGGCCAAAUGCCGAUUGGGAUGGACAGUGUAUGGCGCCCUGGAGUACGGAUCUCGUCGAGCGAGCAUGUUUCAUAUAUGUGAGUGUGAACACGAUUUAGAACUACAUGAGUUAGUUGAGGAAUAUUUUCGAAUCGACAAUUUGGGAAUAAGAGCUACAAAAAAGCUGGAAUCCGAAGACACGAAGCGAGCCGAGCAGAUUAUGAAACGAACGACGAGACGAAUUGAAGGCAGAUUUGAAACUGGACUCAUUUUCAAGUACGACUAUUUCGAGCUUCCGGAUAGUAUGCCGAUGGCUGAACGUAGACUACAAUGUCUUGAAAGGCGUAUGGCUAAAGAUUCAGUGAUCAGUGAAAGCGUCCGACGCCAGAUGAAAGAAUAUGUAGAUAAAAAAUACAUUCACGAAGCCACCGACGAUGAGCUGCGGAGUGCAGAUCCGCGAAAAACGUGGUAUUUACCAUUGGGAAUCGCAAUCAAUCCGAAAAAGCCUUCUAAGAUACGUAUUUUUUGUGAUGCUGCAGCUAAGGUCGGAGGUAUCUCGUUGAAUACAGUUCUAAUGAAAGGACCAGAUCUCCUCAGCUCCCUCCCCCGAAUCCUUUUCGGGUUUCGUGAACGUCCGGUAGCGAUAUGCGCCGAUAUCAAAGAGAUGUUCCAUCAAGUUAAAAUACGGAAAGAGGAUCGAGACUGCCAAAGGCUAUUGUGGCGAGAGAAUGUAAAAGAAAGGCCAAAAAUUUACAUCAUGGACGUAGCUACAUUCGGAUCGACUUGUUCGCCAUGCUCUGCCCAGUACGUGAUGAAUCUCAAUGCCAGCGAACACGAACAAGAUUUUCCCGAUGCUGCGGAGGCGAUAAAGAAGCGGCACUAUAUGGACGAUUGGAUGGAUAGCGUCGAUGGUGUAGAACAAGCGGUUAAGCUAGCUCUUGAGGUGAGGACAAUUCAUUCGAACGGUGGUUUCCAGCUACACAACUGGUUGUCUAACUCCCCUGAAUUUCUGAAACGGGUCGGGGCUUCCAACGGUUGUGCAGAAAAGCCUUUGAAUCUAGACUGUAGCUCCACUGAACGAGUAUUGGGGAUGUUCUGGAUUCCUAAGUCCGACAUCUUCACGUAUCAAAGUGCAAUGAGAAUGGAACAGACACGACCGACAAAGCGCGAGGUGCUCCGAGCUGUCAUGUCGUUGUUCGACCCAUUGGGACUACUGUCGUUUUUCGUUGUCCAUGGGAAAAUAAUAAUACAGGACAUAUGGCGGGCUAAAACAGAGUGGGAUGAAAAGAUUCCACACGAGAUAAGCGAGAGAUGGCAAUCGUGGGCCAAAUAUUUUGAAACGUUAAAUAAUAUACGUAUUGAGAGAUGUUAUUUUCCAAAUUAUACCACUGAUCAGUUGAAAGAAGUGCAAUUGCACGUUUUUUGUGACGCUAGCGAUAGUGCCUAUGCGUGCGUUGCGUACAUACGCGCAAAGGUCAAAGGGAAGGUUCACUGUUCACUCGUAGCCGGUAAAGCUAAGGUGGCUCCGUUAAAGGUAUUGUCCAUUCCACGAUUAGAAUUGCAAGCUGCCGUCAUUGGAGCACGAAUGCAAAACACUAUCGUAGAAUCUCAUAGAUUGGAGAUUGAAAGAAGUGUCUUCUGGACUGAUUCGAAAACUGUUUUAGCAUGGCUAAAUUCAGAUCAGAGAAAGUAUACUAAAUUUGUUGGCGUUCGCGUUGGCGAAAUAUUGUCUUCAUCAAAAGCAGAAGAUUGGAGAUGGAUACCUUCUAAGCUAAAUGUGGCGGACGACGCGACAAAAUGGGGUAAAAAUCCGAACUUUUCGCCAGACAGUCGAUGGUUUCGAGGACCGGAUUUUUUGUCGGAAGAUGAAUCUGCCUGGCCAGCCAAUACGAAUUCGACCUGCGAAACCAGAGAAGAAGUACAACACUGCCUCGUGCAUAUAUUCGACAAAGUUUUGAAAAUGGUUAAAUGGGAGGAUUUCUCUAACUGGGUGCGACUGUGGCGUGCUGUGGGAUACGUGCAUCGAUACUGUGACAACUUUCGAGCUCGAUUUCUUAGGCAAAAGCUGAAAAGCGGACCACUUUCACAAAACGAGUUGAUCAGAGCAGAAGCGACUAUUUUCCGGUGGAUUCAAAAAGAAGCGUACCCUAAAGAGUUCAAAGCGCUAGCGCACGCGCUUUCGUCGAACAUCAAAAGUGUGGAGCUGGAAUCGUGUAGCCCGUUGAGAAAAUUAUCACCAUGUCUGGACCACGAAGGAAUUAUCCGUUUGGAAAGUCGCAUCGUAGCAGCCUCGUAUACUUCAUUCGACGUCAGGUAUCCCAUCAUAUUACCCUCAAACCACGCUGCAACAAAACUGCUUUUAAAUUGGUACCAUCGUCGCUUGUUGCACGGGAACCAUGAGACAAUCCGUCUUGCGUAA